AUGAAACGUAAUCGAUUUGUCUCAUCAUCACGUCGAAAAGCCCGCAAACGUUAUUUUACUGCACCAUCACAUAUUCGUCGUCGUUUAAUGAGUGCGCCAUUAAAUAAAGAAUUACGACGACGAUACAACGUUCGCAGUCUACCUCUUCGUAAAGAUGAUGAAGUGGCGAUUACACGUGGUCAUUUCAAAGGUCAACCAUCAGGUAAAGUAACACAGGUAUACCGAAAGAAGUUUGUUGUUCACAUCGAACGAAUUACACGUGAAAAAGCCAAUGGUAAUACUGUUCAUAUUGGUAUUCAUCCAUCAAAGGUUCAAAUAACCAAAUUGAAAUUAGAUCGUGACCGUAAACGUAUUUUGGAUCGUCGUUCAAAAUCGAAAUUGGCUGCCAAAGGCAAACAUACUGAAGAAAGUAUUCAACAAACAACAACACCAAUGGAAACAACAUCUUAA